UGGGACACCUGAAACGGCGACAAAGGAGGCAAGGCGCCCGCCCCAGCAUGUCGCUGCCUCCGGAGAAGGCCUCUGAGCUGAAACAGCUCAUCCAUCAGCAGCUGAGCAAGGUGAGGGGCGCGGUGCUGGGUGAGCUCGGGUCUCCUGCCCGCCUUGCGGUCCGCAGCCUCGGGCCUGGCCCGCUGCACACAGGAUUGCCCAGGACUCGAGCGCGGGAUGGGCAAAGCUUUGGGUUUGAAGCCAGAAGAACUUCUAGCCUCAAUGAGCGAGAACAAGCCCAAGUGCCACAAAGUUCUAUCACCGAGGUGAUAGAACGGUGUUCGUAUGAUAGGACGGUGAAAAAGAAGAAUUCAUCCAGCGAUUUCUAUGGAUGUCCAUGGCAGAAUAAGAGAAAUUCUUGCUGAGACAAUACGAGAAGAAUUGGCACCUGAUCAACAACAUUUAUCAACAGAAGAUUUGAUCAAAGCCCUUAGACGUCGGGGUAUCAUUGAUGAUGUGAUGAAAGAACUAAAUUUUGUUACUGACAGUGUUGAUCAAGAAAUCCCUUCCUCUCCAAAACAACCUGUUUGUUUUAGUGAUAGACAAUCAACAUUAAAAAAAACUAAUAUUGAUCCAACACGGAGGUAUCUUUACCUUCAGGUUUUGGGUGGAAAAGCUUUCUUGGAACAUCUGCAAGAACCUGAGCCUUUACCAGGACAAGUCUGUUCAACCUUUACUUUAUGUUUACAUUUUCGAAACCAACGUUUUCGUUCUAAACCUGUUCCAUGUGCCUGUGAACCAGAUUUUCAUGAUGGCUUUUUACUUGAAGUACACAGAGAAAGCUUAGGUGAUGGAACUAGAAUGGCUGAUUCUACAACAAUGUUAUCAAUAAGUGAUCCAAUUCAUAUGGUCCUAAUAAAAACAGACAUAUUUGAUGAGACCACAUUAGUAGCAUCCUAUUUCCUUGAAUGGCGAUCAGUUUUGGGCUCAGAAAAUGGAGUGACCAAUCUUACUGUGGAACUUAUGGGUGUAGGUACAGAAUCAAAAGUUUCUGUGGGAAUUUUAAAUGUAAAACUUGAGAUGUACCCCGCACUCAAUCAAGCAUUAUCUCAAGAAGUAGUGAACACACAGCUUGCUUUGGAACGUCAGAAAACUGCAGAGAAAGAGCGAUUAUUUCUUGUAUAUGCUAAGCAGUGGUGGAGAGAAUAUUUGCAAAUUCGACCCUCACACAACUCAAGGCUGGUUAAGAUUUUUGCACAGGAUGAAAAUGGGAUAAAUAGACCAGUCUGUUCAUAUGUUAAACCUCUUCGAGCUGGGAGGCUUCUGGACACUCCAAGGCAAGCAGCAAGAUUUGUUAAUGUCCUGGGCUAUGAAAGAGCCCCUGUCAUCGGAGGAGGUGGUAAACAGGAGCAGUGGUGCACUCUGCUGGCGUUUCUCUGUAGAAACAAGGGUGAUUGUGAAGAUCAUGCUAACCUUCUAUGCAGCCUUCUUCUUGGGUAUGGAUUAGAAGCCUUUGUCUGUGUUGGGACUAAGGCAAAAGGAGUGCCUCAUGCGUGGGUUAUGACUUGUGGCACUGACGGAACCAUCACUUUUUGGGAGAGUUUAACAGGACACAGGUAUAUCCACAAAUCUACCAAUCCUGAUGAACCUCCAGUUGCUGAACAGCCCAAACCAUUGUACCCAUACCGAACAAUUGGUUGUGUUUUCAAUAAUCAGAUGUUCCUGGGAAAUUGUCAGCCCUCUGACUCAGUAGAAAUCUGCAUAUUUAAUUUGAAUGAUGAAUCCAAAUGGAAACCCAUGAGUGAAGAAGCAAUUAAAUCUGUGUGUGCUCCUGGAGCUACAACAUCCCUUCCUCCCUUUCCACCUCUUUGUGCAUCCACGAUUGAUACUUCAGUAACAAGCAAUGAAAUAGAAAUGCAGCUAAGGCUACUAGUAUCAGAACAUAGGAAGGAUCUUGGUCUCACUACUGUUUGGGAAGACCAACUUUCCUAUCUCUUAUCGCCAGCUUUGGCUUCUUAUGAAUUUGAGCGUACAACCAGUAUAUCUGCAGGCAAUGAAGAAUUUCAAGAUGCCAUAAGGAGGGCUGUACCUGAUGGUCACACAUUUAAAGGAUUUCCAAUACAUUUUGUGUAUAGAAAUGCAAGGCGUGCAUUUGCUACAUGUCUUCGGUCUCCUUUCUGUGAAGAAAUUAUCUGUUGCCGUGGAGACCAGGUGCGACUGGCAGUUCGUGUCAGAGUGUUUACUUAUCCUGAAUUGGCAUGUGCUGUUUGGAUCAUGUUUGCUUGUAAAUAUCGCUCAGUUUUAUAGAGCUGACAUUUCUGUAAGAGUAUAAUAUUGCUGUGUUUUAUUGGACUUUUACACAUUGUACAUUGCUAGCUAUUUAGAGGUUCAUUAUUUUAAAAGUCACAAUCUGGCUUGGAUGUCGUAUUUCCCUUUUGUAUAUACCUGACAGUGUUUAAAAAAAUCAUGUGUGUAUUUAAAAAUUAAGGAUGAAAAGCUUGUAUAAGUCUGAGUGGAAUUUAGUGUAAAUUAAGUGUAUAUUCUAUUUUAAUAAAUGCUUCUUUGUUUACAGGUAUUCAGUAGUUUAAAUAUGAAUAUAAAAUUUACUCAGUUUUCUUUAAUAGGUAAUCAGAAAGAUAUUUGUCUAAGGGUUUGAGCUAUAGUAAAAUCAAUAUGAUUUUGGGAUUAUUUUAUAUAAAUUAGGAGAAAUUAACCUCACAACAGACUUAUUUAUUACAUAGAUGGAAAUACAUUUCGAUGAAUUACCACUUUUUUGGUUUACCCAUAGCUGUAGGGGUAUUUGUGAGUUCACCAAAAUUUGUGGCAAGACUUCGAUAUAAGAGUAGGGAAGAAGUAGCAGUAGAAAAGCAUAAAUAUUAAUAACAGAACAAACCUCACAUGAAAGUACAUGAAUAAUUUAUAAGCAUUUGUUAGUUUGAUUCAUUAUAAAAAUGAAUUGGAUAUUUUAGAAAAAAGUUUUGUAUAAUAUUGAUAACUUGUUUUCUGUAAUUGACAGUCUGUUACUGAUGUUCUGUGGUUAAUAAUUCAUUACUAGCCUCUGUGGAUUCCAUCUUCUGAAACCAUAUUCUGUCUUUAUUUUUUUCACUGUGAUAAAAACAUCAGUGUUUAAGUGACUAAAUCGGAAUCAUUACGUGAGGCGACUGAAAAAUAAGCAUAUGUGAGUCCAUGCUGAUAAUUUGUGUUAAAAUUGAGAAAGUUUCAAAAUUAGUUUAAACAGUAGCAACAGUCAUCAUCAAAAAGACUGUAAUAGCUUGACUUUGUAGGAAGCUGCAUGUCAUAAGUGACAGGAUUGUCCAUUCAGCAUCUCUGCACAGUUCUUAAUUCAGUUACUUCAUUCAUUGGUCUUAACAAAAGUAACUUGUUAAUGGUUGAAAGUAAUGGUUGACUGCACGUUUUUCAUCACUUUAGUCUUUGCAAAUAAAAUGACAAUGUUUUUUAAAAAUUCAAAUCUAAAGAUAUCCUAAAACUCACUUCUUGUUUUAUUUUUACAAACAAUAAAUAUUUUUCAUUUAACUUGUUUAAAAAGUCUGAAAAUAUCCCUCUUCUGACAGUUUUCAUUGAAAACGAUAACCACAUGUUUCUUGAGACCGACAUGAGUAUAGAGAACUAGCAAAGUAAGAAUUAAAACGUUUUUACUCUGUUGCCAGAAUUACUCAUAAGCUAUCAACAGAGAAAAUUGCUUGUAGUUGUCAAUUUGGGGAACAUACUGUUUAUGAGGCAUGUACUAAGAAGCAGACUGUGUUAAGAUCAAGGCUGUGUUGUCAUUGAGGCUGGGAUUCCUGCCUCACUGUACUAGAAUAACACAUGUAUUUAUGAUGUUCCUUUGGUAUAAAUUGUUAAAUAAAUUUCCUUUCAUGCA